AUGCCUAAGGAAGUCACGAAGCUUCCUCUCGGUGGUCCUAAGGACAAGCCUCCGCAUUUGCCCCCACCCCCUCCGGGAAAAAUCAACCCACUGGUUAUGAACCGUCCAAACCCCGGGGGUGUCCCAUACGGACAGCUCAUCAAGAGUUUUGAAGACCCUGGAAUGGUUGCUCUGACGUUUGAUGAUGGGCCAUUCAAGUAUACUAAUAGAUUGUUGGACACCCUCAAGAAUAGUGGUAGCAUUCGUGGCACCUUCUUCGUCAACGGCAAGAACACCGGUGAUCUCAACGGCCAGGGAAUGAUGGACGUCCCCAAAAGGAUGAUGGCAGAAGGCCACCAAAUCAGCUCUCACACGUAAGUCACCCAUACGGCCUAACUCUACUUUCAGAAUUAACAAAUAUUCCAGCUUCUCCCAUAAACCUUUGUCUUCUCUCUCGGAGACUGAUAAGGUCUCGGAAAUGGUUAAACUCGAGGACGCCCUCCAUGGAAUUAUUGGCAAGAAGCCAACCUACAUGCGCCCCCCCGAACUUUGAUUGCAAUGGUAAGUGCAUGAAGCUAAUGGGGAAGAUGGGAUACCAUGUUGUCGGCGAGAACCUAGAUACUCACGAUUGGAAGAACAUGACCAACAUGCAAGCAUCUAAGGACAUUGUCGGCAAGGCAGUUGAUGGGGCCGAUUCCAAGAAGAACAACUUCAUUGCUCUUGCUCAGGAUAUCCACGAGGCUACCGUCGACCAGUCAGCCAAGCACAUGCUCGACAAGUUCAAGGCGAAGGGAUACGAUGUAAGCGUCCCCCAUGGAUACUCCCACAAUUUAGGAUAGAGUUCAAGCAACCACACAGCCGUUACCGUUGGAGAGUGCCUUGGGGAUGCACCAGAGAACUAG